AUGUCUAGACUUCGAUGUGAUCGAAACAAGCCUUGCGGGAGCUGCAUUCGACUAGGGCAAGUGGCAGGGUGCAGCUUCCCUCUACCCCAACUUCCGCGAGCUCCACAAAAAGACAGACCGAUAGAGAGCGCCACGCGAAAGGCGUUCGAGGAACGAAUUGAUCAGCUGGAGUCGCUCGUCCGGUCUUUGCUUGAUAAACAAGAAAAACCCCCUGAUGCUCGGAUGCCGGGGAAUCUAGCGACCCACGAGACUACAGAAUCCGUCGCCGCGGUGGAUCCUCUCGUAUAUGAAGCUGGACGGAUAAACCUCAACGACCAUCAGUCUUCAUACGUCGAGAGUGACCACUGGAAAGCCAUCCUGGAUGAGAUUAGUGACCUGAAAGACAUGGUACAGGAACAAGUUGAAGAACCACAACAUACUGAGCCAACACUCCCUGGAAACGACCUGUUUCUUCUCCAAACAUACCCAGUUACAAAAAUGGAUAUCGUCGCUGCGAUUCCGCCCCGCAUAAUUGUCGAUAGCAUGAUCUCGAAAUACUUCAAAUGGGCGGACAUGCCCGUCUCACUUGUCAUUCACCGCAAGGUCUUUAUCAAACAAUACGAAGCGUUUUGGGAAGAUCCGCUUUCGAUGUCAACCAUGUGGCUGACUAUAUUAUACGGUAUGAUGUAUACAGUAGCCUAUUGUACGCUAUUCAUGAACGGCGGUGCGGCCUCAUUGGACGAGACGACAGCAGCCGAAUAUCACAGCCUGAUCAUCAUCUCACGAGAGAAGAUGAUACAAUGUCUUAGGCUAGGUAACUACAUGAAGGGCGUACCGCAUACCAUCGAGGCCUUACUGGCUUUCCUUCAGACCGAAUACGUUCAAGGCGAAGACACACAACAGGGCUGUUGGCAAUUAACGGGUGUCAUAAUACGCGUAGCGCUCAAGAUGGGCUACCACCGCGAUGGCUCGCGUUUCCCGCAGAUGAGUGUCUAUGAGGCCGAAAUGCGCAGGCGUAUCUGGUACAUUCUCACGCAAUUUGACAUCGCUUCAGCUUCUGAGGUCGGUCUUCCGCGAAUCAUAAAGGAAACUCAAUGCGACACCGCUGAGCCCCGCAAUCUCGUUGAUGAUGACUUUGACGACACUUCCACCACCUUACCGCCUGCUAGACCACAACACGAGCACACGCUGUGCCAAUUCCUAGUAUACAAGAGCAGGAUAGUCUCCGUCUAUGGAAUGAUCUGCGACUUCACGACGUCAUCGAAGCAGCGAGACUAUGACGAAGCAAUGCGCUUAGAUACGCUACUCAACAAAGCGUAUGCCCAGAAACCUUCCGUACUCCAGUUGAAGUCUAUGCAGCAAUCCAUCUUAGAUGGCGCAGAGCUCAUCACCCGUCGUCUAUAUAUAGCGAUGUCGUACCACCACGCGCAGAUUACACUCCACCGCAAGUUCAUCAUCCUUGCAAAGACGAACAGCAAAUACCAGCUCUCUCAUUCGACAUGCAUAAGCGCAGCAUUAACAAUGUUACGACUACAAGCAGAAUUAUUCGAGCAGUGCCAGCCGGGCCGCAUGCUACAUACUGAUCGAUGGAAGAUCCUCUCCUUGGUCCAGUCCGAGUUCCUGCUAGCCACAACAGUCCUGUGUCUCAAUCUGAAUGACGACAUGAAGAGAGGGCUGAUCGGGGAAGAAGUCGCACAGAAAAGCGUGGAAGCACUCAAGACUUCGAGGAGUGUUUGGGAACAGCAACAGGGUUUCUCGAAAGAAGCGCAAACGGCCGUGAGAGCGGUGAAAGCUGUUCUGGGUAAAUUGGGGAGGGACCCGGAAACAGACAGCCAAGCAGGUAAUCUGGCAGGUGGAGAACAUGGAGAGGUUUCCUCUUUAUUCUUGGCAGACAUCACUUCUGGCUUUAAUCCGCCGGCAUUUGAGGAUGCCUCGCAAAUGCAGCUUUCCUACAACAUACCGGAUGAAUUUCUUGGCACAGCUUUUGACGAAUUCUUGGUCAUGGAUCAAGAUUUAGACGGAUGGCUUCAGGUUUGA